AUGUACUCCACCACACUCUCCUUCCUUGACCUAAAAAAGUUCCCUCUUAUUUCCUUCCCAAAAUGGCUUUUACUACUCACACUCCAAAACAUUUGGUGCCACCUUUGGUUCUAGUUUUGCAGCUAACCUUACUUUUGAUCGGCACCUCUUCGGCUCAACUCUCCGUUUCUUUCUACUCCAAGACGUGCCCUAAGCUCCUCUCCAUAGUCCGCUCCGGUGUUCAAUCCGCAAUCGCCAAGGAAGCCCGCAUUGGCGCUUCUCUCCUUCGUCUUCACUUCCAUGACUGCUUUGUUAACGGAUGUGAUGGGUCAAUCCUUUUAGAUGAUACUGCAACUUUUAGAGGAGAACAAACAGCGCCUCCGAAUAAUAGGUCUGUUAGAGGUUUUGAUGUCAUAAAAGCCAUCAAGAGUAACGUUGAAAAAGCUUGCCCUGGUGUGGUCUCAUGUGCUGAUAUUUUGACUCUUACUGCGCGUGAUUCUGUUGACAUUUUGGGAGGGCCAUCAUGGGAAGUGAAAUUAGGAAGAAGAGAUUCAAAAACAGCCAGUUUCUCUGCUGCUAGUAGUGGCGUCAUCCCUCCCCCUACUUCAACGCUUUCCAACCUCAUCAAUCGAUUCAAUGCUGUAGGACUCUCCGCCAAAGACAUGGUUGCCUUGUCUGGUGCGCACACAAUAGGCCUAGCGAGGUGUGUAACCUUUAGGAAUCGCAUAUACAACGAGAGCAACAUAGACGUCUCAUUUGCAAAGCUAAGACAAAGGAGUUGUCCAAGAAGCGGAGGAGAUGACAAUCUUGCCCCUCUAGAUGUUGCAACCCCAAAGCUUUUUGAUAACAAUUACUAUAAGAAUCUUUUGAACAAUAAGGGGUUGCUCCACUCUGACCAAGUCCUCCAUAACGGCGGAUCCACCGAUUCUUUAGUCAAACAGUAUAGUCAAAAUGAUAAGACUUUUGACACUGAUUUUGUGACAGCAAUGAUUAAAAUGGGAGAUAUUCGACCACUUACUGGAUCACAGGGCGAGAUCAGGAAAGUCUGCAGCAAACCAAACUGAUUCAUAAUAACAUUCGUGAAACUUUAAACUUAAACAAUGAAUUUAAGAAACUCAACAACAAUGAGUCUUUUAUCCUUCUUUUUCUUCUUCUUUUUCAUUUAUGUGUGGGCAAAUUUAAUAAUUAAAAGGUAAGAAGUAUGAAAUAUACAAAUCACUAGUAAGGAAUUUGGUGGCGACUUUGUUGAUUCAAAGUAAUCUUUCUUAAAUUUGUAAGAUUUAUAUAUAGAGUGAGAUAUAAAUUUCAAAGUACUUCUAAA